CCUGCUUCACUCUAGGGGAGCGAAUAGCUGCUCAGACGAAUCAUACACCGACUGGAGGCUUCUUUGAUACAGAAUGAACAUUCUCGGUUGCAAGCCUCCCGGCGAGGCGGAUACAACCGCAAUCUCGCCGUUCCAUCGGAGGCCGAAAUCAAUAGCAAUCCAAGGCUUCACGGUCACUACUCAAACACUUCCGAUAUUAAAAGCAGAGCCCAUAGAGAAGAUGACGAAGGAUCUAGGGAUCGCCCCUCCAGAAAUGAUUUUUGGCGACAACUUUGUUGAAAUUGCGCAUGAGGGGACUCCAUGGAAAAUUACAUUCAAUGCAUUCGAUGCCUUGGAUCGAGUUGAUAAAUCCGGCGAAUCCAUGCUACAAGUCGCUUACUCGAAGCAAUGGCAAAAGAGCAGAGAAAGAGCUCAUGAGGGUAUCAAAGAGAUCGUCAAGCCCUUCGACUGGUCCUACAGCACGGACUACACGGGGACUCUCGGCCCUGGUAGUCGACCGUUUGAGGCAACGACCAAACGUAUACCAACUGAUCUACUCAAGCGGCCAGAUCCGAUUCUGUUCUAUGAUGAUGUGGUUCUUUAUGAGGACGAACUAGCUGACAACGGUAUCUCCAUGUUCUCAUGUAAAAUACGUGUUAUGCCAGCUAGACUCCUGCUGCUCGCCCGCUUUUUCUUGAGACUCGACAAUGUUCUGUUUCGACUCAGGGAUACAAGGAUCUAUGUUGACUUUGGUACUGGGGAGGUAAUUCGAGAAUAUCAAUCCAAAGAAUGUGAUUACGAAACGGUGAGACAGGCUCUGGCCUUAACAAGGGACGAUGUCCCAGCCGCUAUGAGGGACCCCAACAGACUCUCAGACUUCCUCCGCCUUGUUGAUACACGUCUAGAGAGGGCUGUCCUUGUGGCCAACUGACAAGCCUGGGUCC